UUUGAUUUUUUUUCAUCUUGCAUCAAGUCGCUGCACUAUACGCUCGUCAUCGCGGGAAGCAGCAGGUAACAAGAUCAUCGAACGUUUUGCGCAUUGAAGCUACACACCUUAUCAUCCAACGCAAGCAGACGCGCACAACAACCAUGGAGGAGACGACAUCUACAACCGAAUUAUCUGAUUCUGAUAAUAUCCCGCGGCUUAGCGAGGCGCUCGCAGACCCCGAGCUAGAGUUGGUAUAUCGCGAGGCGAAACUUCAGUUUGAGAGUUUCCUCUGCGAUCACACUGCCCUGGGCGAAAGAGUAGAUCUGAUGUUGCACUAUCGAAAUCUAUUCGAAGCUGCAACCCAUCAUUUGGGAGAGGACUACCAACUCAUGCUUCUCCAUCUAUGCUUUGGCUACAAAAGGCAACGAACUAUCGUAAUGUUUCUGGAUUACCUGGACGAAAAGGCUUUUACAUGGGCGAGCACGUUGAAAACAGUUGUCAAAGAAAGAGGGAGAGAUUCACUCUUCGAUGAGCUCGCGGCGAAGGAGAAAGAACUUGAGCAACAGGUCUCUCAGCCACAAACGCGAGGGCAAUCAGUGGCUGAACGAGACAUUACUACCGAAGCGACACCAAAGAAGCAACAAGGCCCUUACUUCGUUAUCCCAACACUCUGUCUAGCAUACCCAGCCGACUUCUGCACUGCUUUUGCAUCCCAAGCGCCUAUUGAACGACUUACUGUUCCGAAUCUCCUCGCCUGUCCGGCUAUGCUACUCAUCGAUUUCUCUCCCCUGACCAAGAACAAACUCCGCGCCGAGCUUCUUAAUGAAGAGAAGUUGAUUGCUGAAGUAAAACAGAGAGAGUCAUGGGUAUCCUUCUUUGAUCACUUACUUAAAGGACAGGAAAGACUUCUUGACCAUUACUUCAGACGUCCGGCUCUAAAAGAAGAAAGUGCAUAUGAAGAGGAAGAUUUGGAUAUGUGGCUUAUGAAAUGGUUGGGGAAUAGGCAGAUGAGCGGGCUGAAGGAGAAAGGGGAGCAGGUGGAGAAGGGGGUGAAAAAGAGGUCAAGUGGCAGAGUCGCAAAGAGAAAUGGCACCACGGCAGGAUCUGAUAAAGAAGUCCAGGUGACAGCAGAUGCGGUGCAAGUAGAGCAAACGAUUGGCGUAGUUGAAGACGCCGGAAAACGCAGGAAGAGAGUGAACUGGCCUGCUGACGAAGAGUUGGAAAGCAGCAAGGAUUUCCAUUGACAGCGAGAGAGAAGAAGAAAGCACGGGAGAAGGGGAAUUGAUGAGGGCUAAUUGCCGUAGCACGAUCACAAUUUGGUUCACCGUCUCCACAAUGCCUUCAAGACAAGUUGCCCAACUCU